AAUUUACACCUGAAAAGCUUCGAGCUUGAAAACUGCUUACCUUGUAUGAAACCAUUAAGUACCUAAGAAUGUACAUCUCAUCAUAUAUGUUAAUACUCUCUCUUUUUUCUCAAGGUUUUCUAAUCUCAGUUUCAAAAUCUCUGCAAAAAGCAGAAGAUGAAGAUAUGUUGCUAACUGCAUUUAAUCUAGGAAAAACCCUUCGAAAUGGAGACGGAACUGAAAAGAGAGGAGCGAUGCCUUUGCUGAAACGUUACAAGAUUGAGGAAAGCUUCUUGGAUGAAGACGAUGACAGAAAAUUAAAGUUUUUUGAUACUGAUUCCAGACAUGACUUCUCAAAUCAUGGUGUACCAAUCAGUGUGGGCAGAAAGCAACUACCUUAUCUUGCACUGAAGGGAGCCAUUGCUUUUCCAGCUGACACUGAAAUUCAGAAUAUUGAAUCAGUACAGGAAAGAGAGACAGUGGAAGAAGAAAAUUCAGCUAAAUUCCCCAUAGGAAGGAGAGAUUUUGACAUGCUCAGAUGUAUGCUGGGAAGAGUCUAUCGACCUUGUUGGCAAGUCUGAAAACUACUGACUUACAGCACCUUCUUUGAAAAAGAUUAAACAUUUUAUUAUGAGUUGAACAUGAUUGGAAGCUAUUGUGUCUUAAUAUUGCUAUACAUAUGCAUCUAACAUUAUUUUCACAUUGCAAUGUUGAGAGAAGCAUAAUUCAUCAGCAAAACAGAACAUAGUAGUAAAUACUGCUGUAUUCUUAUCAAAAAUAAAAGAUAUCUGCAUAA